AUGCUGUCCAUGCUUCAGAACCCCCGGCAGGCCGCCGCGCAGGUCUUGAAUUUCGCCCUGAUCCUGUCUUCGGCUUUCAUGAUGUGGAAAGGUCUCUCUGUCAUUUCCGACUCGCCGUCCCCGAUCGUCGUCGUUCUGUCCGGAUCUAUGGAGCCCGCCUUCCAGCGAGGAGAUCUGCUGUUCCUGUGGAAUCGCAAUCUGUUGCAAGAUACCUCUGUCGGAGAGGUUGUCGUAUACAAUGUGAAGGAUAAGGACAUUCCCAUUGUCCACCGUGUCGUCAGAAAAUACGGAGAGGGCGAGGACGCGAAGCUUCUCACCAAGGGCGACAACAAUCCUUCCGACGAUACUGAGCUAUACGCUCGAGGCCAGGACUACUUGGUUCGCAAGGAUAUCAUUGGCAGUGUUGUUGGCUGUGAGCUCCCCCAAGUUGUCCGCCUCAGUCUGACAUAUUGUACUAAUAUUGUGCUAGAUAUUCCUUUUGUCGGAUACGUCACAAUUCUCCUGUCAGAGCACCCAUGGCUCAAGACAGUCAUGCUGGGCGUGAUGGGUUUGUUUGCCAUCCUGCAGAGAGAGUAA